AUGAAGUUCCUUGAGUACGCAGGCAUAGACGCCAUCAACAGCGCCCUCGUCUUCGAAACAGCUGAAUGCAAAGUCUACGGCAGAGUUGAGCCCUACUCCUGCAAGGCAGCAGGAGCGGACAAGAAGCUUUACAAACAAAUCGAGAUCAAGUACGAUCCAUCCAAUAGCCCGCCCGACUCUACCGAUGGGCCAAGCAGUAGUUUCCGCAACAUCAUCUCGCCCUUUGGACCCCUCGACCAACCGGCCUCCCGGAGAACUCUUUUCUAUUUGAUCGGCACCCUCAAUGCCUCCUUCCCAGACUAUGACUUUUCAGAUGCAAAGCCUGAACAGUUCCGGAAAGAACCAUCAGUAUCGAUGGUGGUCAACUCGGUCAAUUCGACUCUGCUGAACCACGGGAAUGAUCGUGCAGUCAAGGAGCUCCGGAUCUGGGACUCAAUCGACAACCUCAUCGACUUUGAGGACUCGGAUGUUUACUCAUACAACCCCGAGAGUGAUUCUGACCCCAACGACGAGGAGGGCGCCGGCACCUUAUGGUCGUUCAACUACUUCUUUUUCAACCGAAAACUGAAAAGAAUCAUUUACUUUACAAUGCGAGGAGUCAGCUAUGGUGCACCAUGCGAGGAUGGCGACGAGGAUGAUUUUUCGGACUUGAGCGACGACGAUGUCGGAUUCGCCAGCCAUCGACGGAAAAGUUAUCGAUACGAUGACUACGUUGCGGGAGAGAUGGACAUGAUGUAA